AUCCAGUCCAUCUCGUCCAUCUGUGUCUGUGGUGGUAUGAUUAUGACAGUGAGAUUGUUACUCGUGAAAACAACCUGAUCACGACUGGAAAGCACAAAACAGCUUCACUAUGGGUGAUAAGCAACCGGAGAAGCCGGAACACAAGUACCAGCCAGGUGAAGGAAUCCGCUCGAUGCGAACUACAGGAGUUUUCAGGGUUGUCAACUAUGAAUUGUAUGCGAAACCAAAUAUCGUGAUCAUGACAUUGGGUCUGAUUGGAUUCGGAUCGGUGCUCGCUUACAUUGGUUAUAUGCGUUCGAAAUAUGAAAGCCAGGGAUACUAUGCAGCACUACAAGAAGACGGAACGGAAGUCUUUGCAAAACGUCGAUCGAAAUGGGAAUGAUGGAUGUGAAUAAGGUGGUGUCUGAUUCGUAAUUAAAUUUUUAUUUAACUAGCAAAAAA